AUGGCCGACGAUACUGACAUGCUGUCGCGUCAACAGCAGGUUCGUCAGCAAGAAAUGAUGAAAGCACACCGGAAGCAGAGGCAGAUGAUGGCCUGGGCCACGCAUCAGCAACAACAAGCAAUUAAUAUGGGUUCAAGCUUGUCCUCAACUAUGCCCUCAUCAAAGAUGGCCCAAGCUUACGACGACCUCCCCAUCAUGGAGCCUAACGACAUAAUCUUUGUCCCAGACUCCGCCGCUUCCCAGGCCUCUCGGGAAGCCUUUGAAUCCGCCUGCCAGCAUGGCCCUCUAUCCACCGUCCAGUCCAUCGUCUCCACAGAGAGCCACAGAUCCGCGCCUAUAAAAACACCUACGCCCUCCUUCCUGCACCACGGCCUCAUCAUCGCCCUCACCGCCGGCAACAUCGAAGUUGCCCGUUACCUCCUCUCAGCCGGCGCGCCCAUUGUGCGCCAAACCCCAACCACCAUCCUUUCCGCGCCUCCAGACCAGCAGAUCCUACUUUUCGAACUCCUAAUGCACCACGGCUGGACCCCAAAUACCCCAGGCUACUACGGCGCUGUCCUGCUCCCUGAAAUUGUCACUAACCUAUCCCUCCUCCGCUGGUUCCUCGCCCACGGCGCUAACCCCAACCUCGGCACCCAGCGCGACUUCCGUGAUCGCAAUGGUGCGUCGCAGACGGACUCGUGCGCUGCGCUUGAGGCUGCAGCCGGUAGGUGUGAUGUAGAGACUGUGCGCAUGCUGCUCGAUGCAGGCGCGGAGAUCCAGAACGGCGUACCGUUGCACUUCGCCGCGGGAGUGUGUCCGGAUAGUAAGAAUCCACAUGUAGGUGCGGUCACGCCGAGUAGGGAGUUUGAUGUAGGCAGGAUUCCCGUCAUGGCGCUGCUGGUGGAGCGCGGGGCGAAUGUGAAUCAGGCGGAGGAGUCCCGGCAUAUGGUUGCGAGGUAUGCGAUUGUGCAUGCGGUUAUGGCGGGGGCUGUGGAGAGGGUGGGGUGGUUACUGGGGAUGGGGGCGGAUCCGGAGGCGAGGGGGGCUUGGGGGAGUGCGGUGGAGUAUGCGAAGUUGAGGAGUGAGGAGAUGAAGAGGGUUGUGGAGGAGGGGGUGGUGGCGAGGAGGUGGGUUGAGGAUGUUGCUGAUGCGGAUCCUACAUGA